AUGGGUUUAUACGAUUAUAUUAUCUUAACACAACCAUUAAAAACUCCAACAAUUGUUCUCGCUCGUGAUAUUUUGGCUUUCGAAAAAAAAUAUAAAAAUGAGGUGAAAGAAUUUUUGGUGAAACACGGGUUCUGGAAUCCUGUUGUCUCGCUCAACUACAACAAUGAUGUUCUUGUUUUUUCCAAUGCAUCGGCAUGUUUAAUACAGCCUUAUUGA